AUGAGAAAUACCACAGGAGUUAUGGACUUUGGACCCGCGCCCGACAUCUUCAUUUGGCUCACGCACCUCACGAAAACUGGAGCAGUCAGCCCCAUUGCAGCGGCAGCCCCCCGGAGCCAGAGCACCGUGAUUUAUCCCGGCUGGCAGCGGCACGCGGGCACUGCAGCGUGUGGGGGUGUGUGUGAGGGGGGACAGAUGGGAGAGGGGGAGGUGGGCGAGGGGGGGGAGAGGCCAGGGAGCGAUAAAGAAGGAGCCCGGAGAUAG